AUGUAUCUAUUAAUGAUGCAGGUAAAUCUAUUAAAGGUGGAUCAUCACAUAUCAACCACCUGGCUAAUGAUGUUUUACUCAGUGCAGGUAUAAAUUCAAAGGGAGCUGGUUUUAUAGAAAUAGUACAGAUAUUGUAUUGUCCGUGUGAGUUAAUGUGUAUCUGGUCAGAUUUUACAACCAAGAAGUUUAGCUGUCUGUGUCCGGGGAAUAAAACAUUAAGCAGCGAUGGUAUGAGUUGUAUUGAACCCAAAGCAUCGAUAUUACAGACAUUAGCAGUGGAGAAAAUGCCGAUAGGUUAUAUAGUUGUUAUUUGUGUUUCCUGUGCUGUUAUACUUUUUGUGAUAUUAGCAGUAUUUGUUGUCAUCAAUUAUCAUAGACGAAAGAACGACAAAACAAAAUUGUCCAAGUUACAGAGAGCGAUGUCGCCUAGCAAUGUUAUAGGCGGCCGGGGCUUUCAACAAGCCAUGUUGCCAUCGAUAUUGAUGUUAAACAACCCUAACUAUAACAUGGUACAGCCGACCACAACGCCCGAUCCUGUUCUCACAGAAAUAUCACGCAAACAUUUAACACUCAUCAGUUUAAUCGGUCAGGGUGCUUUUGGUGAAGUUUAUGAAGGUGUUCUUUCUGGUCCACCAUAUGAUACAGAUGUCUCAAUUGCUGUUAAGACAUUACCAGCAAUGUGUACUGAGCAGACAGAAUUAGAUUUCCUAAUGGAAGCUGUUAUUAUCAGUAAAUUCAGUCAUCCUAAUAUUGUAAGUUUUAUCGGCGUCUGCUUUGAUAAAGAACCAAGGUUCAUCAUAUUAGAAUUAUUAGAAGGUGGAGAUGUACGAUCUUUUCUUAGAGAAUCAAGACCUAAACCGAGUCGACCAUCAGAACUAACAGUGUUAGAUUUAUUGAAACUAGCUCUAGAUAUUGCUAAAGGUUGUCAACAUUUAGAAGAAAAACAUUUCAUUCACAGAGAUAUAGCUGCUAGAAAUUGUCUGUUGUCUAAGAAAGGUCCAUCAAGAGUUGCUAAAAUAGCAGAUUUUGGUCUAGCAAGAGAUAUAUACAGAUCUGAUUAUUAUAAGAAAGCAGGUAAAGCCAUGUUACCUGUAAAAUGGAUGCCACCAGAAGCGUUCCUUGAUGGAAUGUUUACUUCGAAAACAGAUGUCUGGUAG